ACAGGAGAGGAAAACUGGCAAUUGAAAGAUGAGAAGAGUAGAGAGGACGGGGAUGAGUGCGGAGAGAUCGGAAUACACAGGGAUGCAGACGAGCUGAGGACAUUGUUCAUCUGGUGCUGAUUGCAUACCUACCUACAUACACUGGACCUUCCUGCACCCGGACCUGAUUGCAUGUAACCUGCCUGCAUAGAGGAGCCCCUGCAAGUGAUCGCGAGAUAGGAUCGCAGGAUAGGAUCGCUGGAACAGAUCGCAGGCUGUAUAGGAGCCCCUGGACCUGAUCGCAUGCCCCUGGCUGUAUAGGAUCGCUGAACACCCUGGUCGCAUGCUGAGGAUCUCCAAUCUAUAGCUGCAUCCCGAUCGCUAGGUGUGUGUGUGUUUGUCGGUGGUCAUCUCUACGAUCAGGACUGGCAACAGGAUAGAAGAAGUAAAUCGGAGUAAAUUGGUGAUCCCUGGGAGCAGCAGACUCCCGCACUUGGAGGACCAGACGAGGGGAUGAUUCCACGGUGGUUGUGCUUUGUGGCACUGUUGCUGAGAAUAGAAGUCAGAGGGUGGAAUCAGCUGCCACGGAAAACUGUGCGCUACUCGGUGGUCACGGAGCUUCGCCAGGCCUGGCCCAGCGGUAUCUCCCAUUACCUGACAUUGACACUGGAUGAGAGUCGAGGGGCGCUGUAUGUUGGUGCACGAGAGGCCAUAUUUAUGUUGGACCUUAAUAAUGUUGCAAAGCAAUUGCGGCCUCCGAUUGUAUGGCAAGCACCAACUGAAAGGAAGAUAGAGUGUGUCAAUAAAGGAAGGAACAAUCAGACGGAGUGUUUCAAUUACAUUCGUAUCCUGCAAGAAUUUAAUGACACUCACCUCCUCACCUGCGGGACGUAUGCCUUUCAGCCCAAGUGUGCUUAUAUUGAGCGGUCAACGUUCACUUUAGAUGCCGUUAAUUUGGAAGAUGGACGGGGAAAGUGUCCAUAUGAUCCAACUACAGGCCAUACUGGGAUUGUUGUAGAUGGAGUUCUAUAUUCUGCCACUUUGCUUAACUUCCUGGGAACAGAGCCGGUGAUACAGCGCAGUGUGGGGCAGCAUAAUGUUCUAAAGACCGAAUAUCUGGCAACAUGGCUUAAUGGUCCAAACUUUGUGGCCUCCUCUCACAUAGUGGAGAGUGACGGUAAUGAGUUGGGAGAUGAUGACAAAAUCUAUUUCUUUUUUACUGAGCGGGCCCUGGAAUAUGACUGCUACAGUGAGCAGGUUGUCUCCAGGGUGGCCCGAGUCUGCAAGGGGGAUUUAGGAGGGGCUCGCACUCUGCAGAGGAAGUGGACAAGUUUCCUGAAGGCCCGGCUAGUGUGUUCCAUUCCGGAGUUACAACUUCAUUUUAACCUGCUGAAAGCUGUGUACACGUUGCGCACCAAUCACUGGAGAUCCACACAGUUCUAUGCGGUCUUCCAAGCACUAUGGGGUGAUGUAUCUGUCUCAGCCGUCUGCCAAUACUCCAUACAAGACAUCCAGAAGGUGUUUGAUGGGUCAUACAAGGAAUACCAUGAGCAGGCCAAGAAGUGGGGCCCUUAUUCCGACUCUGUGCCCAGUCCCCGUCCUGGAUCUUGUAUCACAGACUUCCACAGGCGUCACGGAGUGAGCAGCUCACUCGAGCUUCCAGAUAACACUCUCAACUUUGCCAAGACGCACCCCCUGAUGGAUGAUGCUGUCCAGCCUGUUCAUGGGCGCCCUCUGCUGGUCAGGAAAGGAGUAAAUUUUACAUCAAUUGCAGUACAAAGGACUGAAGGGCUGGAAGGGGAGUUAUAUGAUGUCUUAUUCAUUGGAACAGGAAAUGGCUGGCUGAAUAAAGCUGUAAGCCUGGGUUCCUCCGUACAUUUAAUUGAAGAAGUUCAGGUGUUUGAUAAGCCUCAUCCUGUGCACAGCCUAGUCAUCUCAAGCCGAUCGUCUUUUCUUUUUGCUGGUUCACCAUCUGGACUGGUGCAAGUGCCUGUGGCGGACUGCAGUAAAUACAGAUCCUGUGCAGACUGUGUUCUUGCCCGGGACCCUUAUUGUGCUUGGAAUGUCAACAUCAGUCGCUGCGUACCAUCUGAUGAGCAGUAUGGGGAUAUGUUACUACAGGAUCUCCAAGGGUCAGAUACAUCAAUGUGCGAAGUUCAGUACAAUAAAGCUGUUAAACCCUCAUUAAGAAACCUGACUGUGGCCAUUGGAACAAAUGUAGUUCUCCCAUGUGAGCUGACCUCCAACCUGGCUCAACCGGUGUGGACCUUCAAUGGACGCGAGUUGAUCCAAGAAGACAAUGAAUCUAUGCUGUAUGACAUUACACUGCAAGCUCUGGUAAUCCUUGGCGUAGCUGUCCACCACUCUGGUACAUACUACUGCUUUUCAGUUGAACAAGAGUCCCGUUUUGCCUCUGAAAUCUACCAACUCGGUGUUGUGGCUUCACCAUCUCUCACUUUGGAAUCUCGGGCACCAAUGGAUGGUCUGGGUUUGGUCUGGAUGAUGGUAAUAGCGCUUGGAGCAGUGUGCUUGGUCUUGUUCCUGGCUGUUGUCUAUCUGCGAAGGAAGUUACAAGAUGAGAUGGAGAAAGGGUCAAAGUCCCUUGAGAACACCCUUGUGUAUCCUAUCCAGUUGCCAUCUCAACCCAAAAUGACAAAGUGUCUGCCAAGCGCAGAUUCAGAUGAGAAACUUUGGGAUCCAUCCUCUUUUUAUUAUUCUGAUGGCUCCCUUAAAAUUGUCCCAGGUCACGCAUUGUGCCAAAACAGCACUGGCUCUUCCUCACCUUCUGGCAAUGGGAUCCCAGGUCAACCGCUGCCAUCACCACCUCUUCACUCUCCCAACCACAUGCUGCUCUCGGGAGUGCGUGGCUCCAGCAGUAACGGUUAUAUACGUCUCACAUUGGGUGGUGGAGUGGGAGAGGAACGUCCUCCACUUGGUGAGCUUAACGAGGAACUGAGGUGGAAACUGAAGCAAAGACAGACUCUGCCAGACUCCAACCCUGAGGAAUCCUCAGUCUGACACACCCUCUUACCACCUGCACAGUUUGCACUGUUUUUUUUUUUCCUCUGAACUACCUCAGGGACUGGAGGAUUGGGGGAGGAAUGCAGCCAAUUUUUUUUUUUUUUUUCAUUUCUCUCCCCUAAAAUGUCCUCCUGAUGGACUGCAGUUUAACUUAAGUGAGGAAAAGACCUAAGCGGCUCCCUUGUUGUCCCCGUGUCCUUGUUCACCUUUGCUUGAUUUCUGAGACUCGCAAAACUUCAGUAUUUGUUAAUCUUUCUUUAAAGGUUUGGCGCACUCACAAGUGAUGUAAAAAGCAUUGUGACCAUUCUGCCUUCUUUCCUAAAAUCUGCAGCAAUAGCAGCAAUAACAGAUGGUAGACUCCGUGGCACGUUUACUCUGAGCUGCAGGGAUCAAUCAAUAACCAUUUAGUUGCCAGUCUUGCUCUGCCUCAGCUGUAUAUGGGCAAUUAAAUCAUCACUACUGUGAUCUCCAGCAUUCGUGUCCUAAGUUUACAAUGGUCUUAAUAAGCAUAACAAAACUUUUAUAACUUGACCAGUUCCUUCUGUUUGCAGGUCUGUGUAAAAGCUGGAAAUGGCAACCAUUGGCAGCCAGUUACUGUGGAACAAUAUACUUGGCAUGUCAUGAAUUUGGGCUUGUGUAUCUUCUUUUUUUUUUUUUAGGCUGGGUGUAUCUGUAUCCCUCUUGUAUUCCGGUCCACUUUCUGCAGGGCAUAUAUCUUUCAAUCGAUAUAUUGAUCUCAAUUCUCCGCAGUGAGCGGUGUACUACUUCCUAGACUUUAAAGAGCUACUCACCAGGCUGAAAGCGCCUUUUAAUGUCUCAUGGAGAAUCCUUUAGAUUUUGAAAAGUUAAAUAUUUGUGUCCUGCGACCACUACUGGAUCAUGAAAGGAAAUUCAAACUGAUAGUAGUGGGGUAAAUAUGUUCUCUGGGGUCCAUAAUAGCAGUAAUGACCUGGUAAGUGAUUUGGCGCUCAUCCAUUCCACUCAAAACAUAACUUUGUUGGAGUGGCUCUAUAAUGUGCCAGCUCGGGUCAUUCAAGCAAGUGGUUAGCAGAUGCAUAUGGAACAUCUGUAAACAGAAGACUAUAAAGUAAUUGUUGGUGGCCCAAGCCUGUACUGGAGAGAAGAACUUGUGCUUGUGACAAAUCUAUAGAAAGUAAAUUUAAGCCUAUCCAAAUGUAAUAGUAGAAAUCUGAGAAAGGAUAAUGGAAAAUUGUCAUUUUGUACUCUUCAAAACUCAUAUCUGCCACAUCCAAAAUGACUGCUUCAGCCACGUGAUGUUGAUGCAGCCAGUCUGGUUGCUGAGUGAUCGUGUAUAUGAAUUUGUUUUAGACGCAUGAAAAUGAAUGUGAGGAUGUAGUAAUAUUUAUAUAUAUAUCUUUUUGUAAUGUCUUAUGCUGGGACAGUACCCCAGAAAACCACUUAAGCAUCUUCCAAUCCAAUAUCUCUUCCUGAUCCUUUCACCAAUUAAACCCCCACUUUGAGUACUGCAAGCCUGUUCCAGUUAACAUUUCAAAGAUUUUUUUUUAAACCCGGAAUUUGUAUGGGUCCCCACCAUGCCAAAUGCCAAUUUGUUUUCUCUUAUUUGUGUGUCUGCGAGUGGCCGAAGGCAGGGAUGAGAGAGCUGUGUUUUUUGUAUAUACAUAUCCUGUCAACUGUUUUUAAGCACCAAACCUCCUUCGGGGUCUGCUCGCUAAAAAUAUCAUUUUUUUUUUUUUUUUUCCAUUCCCUUCUGUAAAUAGGGUUGUCCGUUCUCACGCUCUCUCUUUCCUGGAUUCUGUCUCACUUCUGUAGCUCACUGUGUAAUUUAUUUGUUUUAAAAUAUAUUUAUUUCUUGUAAAUACUGUAUUUUUAUAUUGAAAAAUAAAAAUAAAAUUUAAA